CAAAAUGGACCUUUGAAAACGACCCUGGGUCACAUGCAGUACUAUCGCGAAUAGCCGCCGAGGAGAACCGGGCUCAAUGGCAUCGGGUAGGCCCUGUUACACAGACCGCCAAAGUCGCGCCCGUUUGGCGACCUCGCCACCGGAGCGCGAUUUCAUUGUUUUGCCAUACUUCCUCAAUAGCGCGAUUUGUGAGCCGCGAACUCGUGCAGACCGAAGCCCGUCUUCAACAGUUUUCCGCAGUUCCCUUGCGUGCCCGUUAUAAGUGCGGGGAAAGCAAAUCAUUUACAGGCGGUGCCCAUUGCGAGCAAAUAAGGAAGCGAGCGUUUUCGUGAGGUUCUGGAUUUAGCUUCCGUUUUUGUCGUAAGUUUGCUACGCAAUGCACUUGUGGGUUUGUCUUAUUAGCCUUUAAAUUGUGACAAUUCAAAAUUUUGAAAAACCUUGCAACCGGUCGGACUCGGGCCGCGACCGCACGAAAUCCCUGCCGACUCAUGCCGACUCAGCCUACACACAUUAACACCCCAUUAUUGCUCUGUAACAUACGUUAUGCCUUUGGGUGGGGCUCAGAGCGUUCCGCGCCGGACAUGCAGCGGUUGAUUGGCUAACAAAGUCGUGCUCACCAGGACUGAGCAUCUGCACCCGAAAGCUUGCUGCAUGGUGUCAUAUGAAUGGCUGCUUCUGAUUCGGGCCUGUUCAGAGCCCUCCUGAGAUGCCCGCCGUGGGAGAUGCCCUAGGACGCCCCUACAUGCCGUGUGACAGUUCUGAUGUUCUUUUCCGUGGCCUAGCCGCCAUGUCUCUACAUCGGGCCCUAGAACACAGCCUGUGCAAGAGUGUGAAGAGUGUGAGCCGGCGCGAGACCCCACCCACAUCCCACCGAGACCCAAGCCGAGACCCCACAUCCGCACCUGUCUUGCGACCCUUUGCGACCAAGUUCCCCACGUGCCUUGCCCCGCCGACCGAAAAGCAGCACACCCAGACCGAGAUCUUUUCAAGGGAUGGGCUGCUCGAACAAGAAAAGGUGGCUUUCCCUCGCAAGGGAAAAGUGGGCUGAGCCCACGCCACGUCCUCCGUCUGAGGCCGAAGGUUUCGAUACUAGCCUCAUCUGUGUGUGGCUGGUGUUGCACAGGGUGUUGCACAGGAUGUACGUGUGUGUGGUAUUGCACAGGGGGAGGAGGAAGGGGUGGGAGGUGCGAAGCGGGAUGGGGAAGAGUUGCAGUCAGUGCAUGCAUGGGCGGCAGCGAGUUGACAACUCAUCAACAAGUCAACAUCACCUGCAUGAGAGACGGGGCCAGUAGGCAUAUCAGGCAGGAUAGGGCACUGGCUGCACUGCUCACUUGUUCUUGACGUUGUAAUUGUUCUCUUUGAGCGAGGCUGGUGAUGAGGCUGGUGGUGAAGGCGCCGCGGUAGGCGAGUUUGUUGUCCACAGCCUACAGGGGGCGGUGGGGUGGGGUGCGUGCGUGUGGGUGAAUGGCAGUGGACCGCUGCAUAAUGUGGAGGUACCUGCACAGCCGGCACACAACGAGCCGCUGGCCCAUUGGGAGGCGUGGGAGGGUGGGAAACACCGUGGCGGCCCCUAACCUACCGGAGGGUGGGAAACACCCUGGCGGCCCCGGAAAGGAGAGCGGGUUUUCACAGGGGCUCAUUGGCGGGGGCAUGUGCGGGCGGGGUGGGGGUGGGAGUGGCUGGGGUGGGGCGCAGUUGGGGAGUUUUGGGGAGUUUCGUGGACUGGGGUCGACAAGGCUAAGCAUGGCAAGGCUGUGUUCCGGUAUGCGGGGGGUUAAGGCUAAGGCUAAGGAUCGCAAGGCUAAGGCUAAGGACAACAAGGUUGAGGUUUUGAUAUGUGGGAUGGGAACAAGUGGUUGUAUCGGCCAGAGUUGGGUGGGGUUCAAGUUCUGGCAAGGGUGUCGCGCCUUUACGCGUGACUUGCGGUAUUCAAUGUGCCUGGCGGCAUGUACGAUGUGGAAAGAAGUAAGGCAGUGCUAGUGCUUGGCUGGUGAUAUGCUUGGCAGGCUGCUGUCCCGGGUCGCUAGGUU